CCUGCACGUCUGUGCCAUCUUCCUCACCUGCCCAGUAUCCGUGUUCAUGCCCUGGUGUUAACGCCGCCGCAACUGGCCGAGCCUCUACGAAGCGAGUGCAUUGAGCUAAACUGGUGGACCGGAAUGUUAAGUUUUUAACACAGUCAAGGACACUCGACUGACAAUGGCGGAACGAUGGUGGUUUUGUUGGUGAAUAAUGAUGGAUAGUGGCAGUGAGGCAGCAGCCGGGUGAACAGCCAGUGCCACAGUGCCUCAAAUGCCACAGUGAUACAACCAGUGUCCAGAGCUCUAAUCUACAACUCCCGGCCUGAGGUCGCACUCUUAAUUGAUAAACUAAGCAGUUGCUGUUUGCAGCCUACAAUUCUGUUAGUGUCAGAGGAUGUCAUUGUACGACGUGGCGGUGGGCGGCAGUGACUGGUGGGCGGCCAGUGUGAGGUGGGCGGUAUUCAGUUGUUAAUAUAGGCACGUACCGCAGAGAUGCCUCGUUACGACGAUGCUAUGCUGGACCACGUGGGGGUGGGCGUCAAGACUGUGUUUUGGCCGGACCAGGUCGAUUGGGCGGCCAAACCCCCGCCCGCCAGGACUUACUCUGCUAGGAGCCUGAUAGCCGCCCUCAGGAGGCACCGUGCUGGCUAUACGGUGUCGCCGCCCACCUCCACCACCCACUUGCCACCCACCACCACCACCCCUAGGCAGCAGCGACACGCCCUGGCCCGCAGUCGCAGCUACACGGACACCCACACCUCCAGGACGCCCUCACCCACCUGGGCAACACCAAGUUUCUCUCCGUUGGCUAACCAUGCAGUCACACCCAUGCUCUCCUGCGUUAGUUUACUUUACUCCGGGUCGUCAGUACCAACGUCUGGCGCUACACCGCUCACCACACCGCCAUCCAAACCGCCCACUACUCUCGUAAGCCUGUGCCGACGCGGCAUCAAAGAGGGAGGGAGCAACUCUUCUCUCAGCUCUUCCUUCAGCCCUCCUCUCAGUCCUCAGCGGCUACCUCAGCCCACUUUCAGGAGCUGUGUCACAGCCCCCUCCAGCCCCACCCAGGUUCCCCGAGGAUGGCCGCCCUCUUGCCCCUGCCGGCCGCCCAGGGGUGGGGAGGCGAGUGGGAAACAGUGGGGGGUAUGUACCUUGGGCCGCCCAUCCUCCGUCAGGAACCGCCGGGUGCACAGGAUGAACCAAAUGUCCAUGGAGAAGAAUACUGCCCAGUACAACCAGUGGUUGCAAGACACACCUAAACCCAACAAAGGAGGAGGAGCAGCACUCUUAACUCGCGCACUCUCCUUUAAGGGCAGACUAGGUGGUAAACUGACCAGCAUGAAGUCACCUAAAAGUAACUUAGCAAACAAAAUUGUUAAAGUAGAGCCUAGCGGAAGCAACGAGAGUUUAGAGAGCAAGGUGGAGCACGUGUGGCGAGCACUGGCUUUCUAUAAGGAUGUGGUGGAUAAGAGCAUCACUGACAUGCUACCAGGCUCAGCAACAGUGGUGCUGGAGAUGGUGGUGGCACUUAAUUUGGCAUUAAAGCCUGCCUUCUCAAACCAAAACAGUUCUGCAGUAGCAUCAGUCCUUGCAAGUGUCCAUCAGAGUGUAGCAGAAUUGGUGCGGUGGAGUGACCAGUUACUGUUGCACGAUGAUGAUACGCACAACACACAGACUGCCCACCAAGUUGUACAAGCAGUCAGGGAAGCCAUCCAGUCAUUGGUUGACCUUGCUGCCGAUAAAGAAAAUUUGCACAUAUCAGAAUCUAAUAAUACUCCGUCCUCACUCGAUAACAACAAUUCGUUAGAAAAAUCUCCAGCAUAUUACAGCAAUAGACACUCGGAUAUUUCGAAUCAUCGAAACUCUCUACCUGAAAUUAAGGCAGACUCACCCAUCGAAAAAAAUGGAAGCUUUCUCCUUCCUUGCGAAACCUCAUCGAAGCUCAGUCACUCUCGAAGUUCUGAUUCUAUACUUACUGGUCCAGAGGUGGAGUCUCCACCACCUAAACCUCCCUUGCCAUUUGGGCGAAGUGAGGUGGCACCUCCACUACCUCCUAAAAAGAAAACUCCAAAGGGAAUCUCUCAAGAAAAUUAUGCUUUAAACCCAAUAUAUCUAACUUCCCCUGUUGGGCAAAGUUCACCCUUAAAUCAUAGCCCUAGAGAAAGUUCUUCAGAUUGGCCUAACAAUAGUAUAGGUUCAUCAUCACUGUCGGCAUCUUUGGAACGAGGCUCCGGUACAUCUCAUUCCUCGGACCAAGUUUCUCCAGCAUCGAGUCUGGACUCUAUGAACCAACCACAUGAUGACCAUCCAACUUCCCGUACAAGUCUCAACUCUUGUAGUUCUCUACAUGAUCACUUCAACCUUGACUUUGAGAGUGCUCUACACAAAAACUUUAGGAUUAUAGGAGAUAACUCUGUGUCAUUUAGUCCACAUAUUGAUUUUGGCACAGAUUCUUUGUCAUCAAUCCCUAGCAUAUCUUUGGGCACUGGCUGCAGCAGUUUAAGUCAGUCUUACACACGUAAGAGCACCAGUGAGAGUGUCACGAUGAAACAGUCUCGCACUGAGACAUACUUCUCAUCUUCAUCUCAGGUUAGCAGUAAAGUGACGUGUAGCAGCCAGCGCUUAGUUGCGUACACCACCACUCGUUCAUCCACAUCCUCCUCUGUAUCAUCUUCAUCUUCUUCCUGUGCCAGUGAGGGAGAAAAAUAUGAAAAUCACACAAUAUCCGUGGUUGUGCCCCCUGCAUUGCCUGCAAAGCAGCGUCCAUAUCAGGGCAGAGGCUCCUCGGAGGCUCGGGCCACAUCUUCAUAUGACAAUCUUGAGUUUGAUCAUGUUGAUGGUGGAGAGCCGAGACUUAAGCUGAAAGAAGAUCCAAGUCCCAAACUGCCUCCUAAGGCCAGCUGUAGCAUACAGCUGGGCAGUAGUAGCAGUAGCAGCACCAGCAGUGUCAGUAGCAGUGGGUACAGUAGCAGCACCACCAGCAUGGUCAGCAACAGCAGCACCACAAGUAGCCAUGGAGGAGGCAGUGUAGUUCAGCUCCGCAAGCAUAACAAGUUUGAGAAAUUUGAGUCGCACUACAUUUCUUCUGGCAGUGAUGAUAACCCACCACCUUUGCCAGAGAAGAAGAAAAAGCAUGUUCACGAAUACAUGAAGCUGUUUGGUCAAGUUAGUGAACCUAACCCCAACGAACUGUUGCGACAUUCUGUACACCAAAUGCACUUGGUCUCGGCAAUAGAGUCUAAUUUUCAUGAGCAUGAUCAUGAACAUGACUUCUUUCAUACAUCAUAUCCAGCAAUAAUUGAUGGGAUGAGCCAUGUGUCAAUCCAGCCACCUGCAUUACCUCCUAAAACGAGACGAGGGACUUUCGUUACACAUACAAGGCAGUCUUUACCAGUAGCAUCAAAGCCCUUACCUGUAACAAACAUCGCCAUCAAUUAUACACAGCAAAAUUCCUCUGUUUUAGAUGACAAUGUAUGUAGGAAAACAAUGGAAGAAAAAGAUGAACCAGAAGAAGUUAUUAUUAAGGAUCAGUCUUUGGAAAUAGAGAGGCAGAAGGAGUUGGAGUUGAAAGAGGAAGAGGUAGAAGAUGAAGAAGAAGAAGAAGGACCUCUGGACCUCCUCGAUGUGAGAGAAUAUUUGGUAUUGAAAAAGGAAGGUGAUGAGGGUCCAGAAGUCAGAGGAGGACCAGUCGAUGCUCUCAUUGUACAUGCAUCCAAAGCCAAUAAAAAUGGUAGGGAAAGAUCUGUAUAUGAAAGUCUAGUAAUAAAAUUUAUAAUUAGAUUUCUUGACAUUUUACAAGUAGCUAAAAAUAGUUCAUUUACAGCAGUGCUACUAUCAGACAUGAGUGGCAGGUUCUGGUAUUGUGGACUAGCAAAACCAGGAGAUUGUUAUACAUACACCAGUAAUCCCAAAAGGACGAUUCUAUUUCUGUAGUGAAUGGAGAGUAGAUGCCAACUUAGGACUGCAAAACAUGUAUAUCAGAGUAAGGCUUUUUAUUGGACGUCUUUUUGCCUUAUUAAACUAGUCUAUCAUGUGAAUUUGAUGAGUUAUGUUUAUGGUGAAGCAUUGUCCAAUAAAGAGGCUUGUUCUCCUGUGUUUUAUACUCCUGGUUACAUUUCUAUCAAAAUUUAGACUAGCGGGUACUAAAAUAAGAGAAACUAAAAGCGCAUCAUUAUUGUGCCAAGGUAUUAAAAAAAAAGCUAUAUUUUUAGCAAUUUUGAUUCUGGAUUUUGAGUCACACUACAUUAAUUAUUUCAGUUUACAACAAAACAUAUUCAUUGGCACACUAAAUGAUUAACCGAGUUUCUUGGAG